AAGGAGUGGCAAACAUGGAAGAAGUCAUAGGUUGCUGCCCAAUGUGCAAUUAAACUCAAUUAUGACAGUUUUUCUAGGAAAAGUCCGCGUUUUUCCCUUCUUACUUCGUAACUUCCUUCUUCUUCUUCUUCAAUUCAAUCUUCAAAUUUCAUUUUUUCUAUAGCUCUAUUAAACCCAUUUUUAAUCCCCUUUUGUUGUAUCAAUCCAAUCAUUUUUCGGUUGUUCAUUGUUCUUAUACUCAUUGAUAGCUAAUUUGUAUCAAAUUUAUUUACUUUUGUGAAGUCCCCUUUUUGAUUCUUUCACAAUAUUUGUUUUUGACUUUUCAUUUUUGAGCAUUUUUACUCAUAAAAAUUUCCCCUUUUUGAUGAAACAAGAAAAGGGGAGGUGCAAAUAAAGAUAAUUUUUGAUACCCAGAAGUUAAUUUGUUGAUUAACUCCCAAUAAAGAUGAAAUUAGUAGUUAAAGUGAUUGAAGCAAGAAAUUUACCAGCAAUGGAUCUGAAUGGGUUAAGUGAUCCAUAUGUAAGAAUACAUAUGGGAAAACAAAGGUUUAGAACUAAAGUUAUCAAGAAAUGUUUAAACCCUUAUUGGGGUGAUGAAUUUAGCUUUAGGGUUGAUGAUUUAAGUGAUGAAUUGCUCAUUUCUGUUUUGGAUGAAGAUAAAUAUUUCAAUGAUGAUUUUGUGGGUCUUGUUAAAUUCCCUGUUUCUAAGGUUUUUGAUGCUCCUGAUAAGUCUCUUGGUACUUGUUGGUACUCUUUGCAACCCAAGAGUAAAAAGUCUAAGCCCAAAGAUUGUGGUGAUAUUUGCCUUCACAUAUAUCUUUCUCAAAAUAGUUCUUCUGUGGAGUUGCCUGCUGCAACUUCGCAAAUGCCCGGGAGAAAUGACAAUCCAAAAUGUGAGCUAGUUUCAGCUUCUUCAAAUAGUGCCUCGAGAUCGCCUUCUCCUUCAAGAUUGGAGGAUACUUCUGUCAAGAAUGAUGAAUUACCGAGUCAGAAGUCUGACCAAGCAGAAAGUUUCAAAUCCGACCUCAAUGAGAUUAAGUCGGAUAAGCUGUUAUCUUCGGUAUCCUUUGAUGAACUAUUGAAAACUAUGGAAGGAAAAGACCAAGGAAGUGAUCUUCCCAGCAAUUUACCUGGUGGGGUAGUUUUAGAUCAGCUCUAUUCAGUCAGCUCUUCUGAUCUCAAUUCUAUAGUAUUUUCGCCCGAUUCCAAAUUUCCUGUAGCCUUGGCAGAAGUUCAAGGUAGAACAGAAUUGAAUUUGGAGCAAUGGGAAUUUGAAAAUGAAAUGCUGAAAAGACAGAACACUUACCUUACGGCGCCAUCAAAAUUAGCCAAAUCGGUAAAGGCUUUCGAGACCCAAACGUAUAAACUAGCCAAUGGGAAUGCGUUUGCGGUUAUGGUCAGCAUCAGCACCCCAGAUGUGAUGUAUGGGAGCACCUUUAGAGUGGAAUUUCUCUACUGCAUUACACCAGGGCCUGAGUUGCCAUCGGGCGAGCAAUCCGCACGUUUACUAAUAUCAUGGGGGAUGAAUUUUGUUCAAAGCACUAUGAUGAAGAGCAUGAUUGAGAAUGGAGCCCGAUCGGCUGUUAAGGAGAGUUUUGUUCAGUUUUCUAAUCUUAUGCCUGAAUAUGCCAAGCCUGUUGAUUUGAUUGGCACUGGAUCUCAAAAGGAUCAGGCUUUGGCAUCUUUGCAAACUGAACCACAGUCAGAUUGGAAGCUGGCAGUUCAAUACUUUGUUAAUUUCACUGUGCUGUCAACCAUUAUUAUCGGAAUUUAUGCUAUUGUUCACAUUUGCCUAACACCCGUUAGCGCUAUUCAAGGGCUUGAGUUUGUUGGACUAGACUUGCCUGAUUCAAUUGGUGAAGUUAUAGUAUGCAGUGUCCUGGUGCUACAAGCUAAAAGAAUGUUUGAGUUGGUAGCGCGAUUCAUGCAAGCCAGAUCACAGAAAGGUGGCGACCAUGGAAUUAAAGCACAAGGAGAUGGAUGGCUUCUCACUGUUGCAUUAAUUGAGGGAAGCAGCCUAGCAGCUGUUGACUCAAGUGGUUUCUCUGAUCCAUAUGUAGUCUUUACUUGCAACGGGAAAACUAGAACGAGCUCAAUCAAGUUCCAGAAGCUAGAUCCCAAAUGGAAUGAAAUAUUCGAAUUUGAUGCGAUGGAUGAGCCACCGUCAGUUCUAGAAGUCGAGGUUUUUGAUUUUGAUGGACCUUUUGAUGCAGCUACUUCUUUGGGUCAUGCCGAAAUAAAUUUUCUCAAAGCUAAUAUAUCAGAGCUAUCAGAUGUAUGGAUUCCUCUACAAGGAAAGUUAGCCCUGGCAUGGCAGUCAAAACUGCGAUUGAGGAUAUUUUUGGACGACACACGAGGUGGUAAUGCAGUCAGAGAUUACCUUGAAAAAAUGGAAAAGGAGGUUGGGAAGAAGAUAAAUCGGCGAUCACCUCAAACGAAUUCAGCAUUUCAAAAACUAUUCUGCCUUCCACCAGAAGAAUUUUUAAUUAAUGAUUUCACUUGUCAUUUGAAACGCAAAAUGCCAUUACAGGGACGUCUUUUCCUAUCGCCUAGAGUAAUAGGAUUCCAUGCUAGCCUAUUUAGACAUAAAACAAACUUCUAUUUUCUCUGGGAGGACAUAGAGAGCAUUCAAGUUGCUUCACCUAAUUUCUUUUCAAUAGGUAGUCCGAUCAUUGUCAUAACUUUGCGGAAAGGAAGAGGUUUAGAUGCAAAGCAUGGGGCAAGGACGCAAGACGAGGAAGGAAGGCUAAAAUUCUAUUUCCAUUCAUUUGUGUCUUUCACCAUGGCACAAAGAACAAUUUUAGUUCUUUGGAAGGCAAGGUCCUUGACUCCUGAGCAGAAAGUAAAAAUAGUUGAAGAAGAUUCUGAAACCUCCGGUCUUCAAACAGAAGAGAGUGGAACUUUUGUGGGUGAUGAUGAUGUUAGCAUGAACGAGGUUUAUUCUUCUCCUCUGACUGUUCCGAUGAACUUCUUGAUCGAGUUAUUUAACGGAGGUGAAUUUGAUCGAAGAAUUAUGGAGAAAACAGGAUGCCUUAAUUAUACUUGUUCUCCAUGGGAAUCGGACAAGGAUGUAUAUGAAAGGCAAGUAUGCUACAAAUUUGACAAGCGCAUAUCUAGUUACAAAGGAGAAGUAACCAGCAUACAACAAAAAUCUCCUCUUCCCGAUAGAACCGGUUGGCUUGUUGAAGAGGUUUUGACGCUCCACGGGAUUCCUCUUGGCGAUUAUUUCACUCUCCACGUACGAUACCAUAUUGAGGAUAGAUCAAAGGGUUGUUUUGUGAAAGUACUAUUUGGAAUUGCUUGGCUGAAAAGCACAAAACAUCAGAAAAGAAUCUCUAAGAACAUACUUUCGAAUCUGGUAGAUCGUCUUAAAGUGAUGUUUGCUGCUAUCGAGAAUGAAUAUGUGAAUGCAAGAUAAGGGGCUCCAAUGCAUUGUAUCGGUUUUCACAUCAAUAGUCCUCGCAAGACCCAUGCACGUCUCUUUUGUCAACGGACAGGAAAUACAGGUUGGUCCGAAAUCCAUAUUGUUCUCACCUCUCGGUAUGCAAUCAUCUUGAUCGAGUUUCUUGUAAAUAUUGCGGGCUUGGCGAUGCUAUAUAUGUUGGUUACUGUUCGAUUGUACAUCCGACUGCUUGUUGUAACGAGAUUAGAGUGUAGAGACUUCAUAGACCCAAGUUCCUUCAAGUUAUAGGCCGUAGGUGUCUGAUCUUUUGCGGGUUUGGCUCAGUUUGUGAUUAUGUACAUAAUUAAUCAGUGAACAUUGAUCAACAUGUCCAGAAAUUUCAAGCCUUGGUUUGAAAUCUUUUUGGUAAAUGUAAUUUUUGAAUGUUGAACUACAAUAUUUUCAUAUAAACCGAGUUAUUAUAGCUGUUUGAAUCUCGGAUGUAAUGAUCCCUUAAAGACAUGUAUAAUAUAUUUGUUAGAGGACA